AAAAUAAAUAAAGAAAGAAAUAAAAACCUUUCCUUUAUCUAUAAUACUCCAUGAUCUUAAACAUCAAACCCUAGAGCUCCAACCUUUUUCCAAAACCGUAAAUUCCCAACAAAAGGAAGAAGGAAGGAAAGCCACGAGAUGAGGGAUUGCACCAAUUCCCCUUGUUUCUUUUGCUUAACAAAAGAGACCCACUUGCCCACAAGAAGAGCUGGAAUAAGCAAAUGUUUCAAUGAGUUACCUUAUAGAGAUGACCAUGACCAUGUCCUUGUCCUAAGUGCCCUUUGGCACAUAGCCAUGGCUCACCCAAAUGACAGAGAAUACCCUUCUCUUGGUGUCUUUGAAUGCAUGGGAAAUCUUAUCCAAAGGGGCCUCAACGACAGCAAUUGGCUUCUUAGGGACCAAAACAUCUACAUCCCAUAUUAUGCAGCUCAUGUCAUUGGCUCUUACACCAUCAACAAGCCUGAGUUUGCUCAAAAAGCUGUGGAAUCAGGAGUGAUCCCCCCAUUAAUGGAGCUUCUGAGAGGAAAAAUGAGCUGGGUCGAGCGGAGAGUCGCCGUCCGAGCACUCGGCCAUCUCGCUAGCUACGACUCUACUUUUGAAGCCCUUGCUGAAUAUCAAGAGGAAAUUGUCAAAUCAGCCAUGGAGAUUUCUUGCUCUUGCCUUGAUUUAGUGUACAACAACUUUGUAGCAUCAAAGGAAGAAGAUAGAGAGAAAUACCAUAGAGAUUUGCUCACAAGAGGAGUUGGAGGGAGAGAGAUUGAGGAUAGGAAGGCAGAGGAAUGGGCUAGCCAACUCCAAUGUUGGAGCCUCCAUUUGGUGAAAUGUUUUGCUUCCAAAGGGAGGUGUUUGGACAUCAUUUGCAAAAAAAAUCCAAUCUUUUUAAGAGAUUUGUGUGGAAUGUGGGGUGGAUUGUCAAAUUACACCUCAAGUGGUGGAGUAGGACUAGUAAAAAUCUUGACCCACAACAAAUUUUCAAGGAAGUACAUUGCUGAAUCCAGAGAAAUAAUUGACACCCUUUGCAACUUGUCAAGAUCUUCAGAUGACUGGCAAUACAUUGGCAUUGAUUGUCUCUUACUCCUCCUCAAAGACCCACAAACCAGGUACAACGUUAUUCAAAUUGCUGCCUUUUGUCUCAUAGAUUUGGUCGAAAUCAGAACACUUGGAGAUAGGUCAAAUCUGGGAGAGGCCAUCACACAUGCCCUCCUCCUAGAUUACAACCAAAUCAAAACCAAUUUCAAGAACCAUCAAAAUCUCCAAAAGAUUCUAAGAGAAACAUGGGAUCUAAAAGUGGAGAGGAAGAGGAAAGAGAAGCUGUUAUCUGAGGAGAAGCUUGAAGGGAAAAGGGUGAUGGUGAAUCUCAUAAAACAAGCAGCAAAUGAACUGUUUAGAUUGGGAGAAAUAGAGGCAGCUCUAAGAAAAUACAAAGAAGGGCUAGAUUUAUGUCCAUUGAGGCUCAGAAAAGAGAGAAUGGUGCUCCAUAGCAACAAAGCUCAAUGCCAUUUGCUGCUGAGGGAUCCAGAUUCUGCCAUUAGUGACUCAACUCGAGCUUUGUGUUACUCAAAUCCAACAAAUUCUCACAGUAAAAGCUUGUGGAGAAGAUCUCAGGCUUAUGAGAUGAAAGGGUUGGCGAAGGAGAGCUUGAUGGACUGUAUAAUGUUUGUAAAUGGUGGGAUGAAAAUGGCUGAAGAUCAUAAAAGAAUCAAGAUCCCAUAUCAUGCUGCUAGAAUGAUUAGCAAGCAGAUGGACGGCACGUGGCUUUUUGCAUCCGCUAGAUUAAAGAAAUUGGCUUCAGUUAAAGUGGAGAAAGCUGAAGAUUCUUCUAACAACAGCCAUGAGAGGCAUGGAAUGUUGAUGAGGACAAUGACUGUAUAAACAAUUCAUAUCUGGUUCUUUAGCCGCCAAUAUGGAAAAACCUUUAUACGUGAAAAGGGAAAGAGGGUGAGAAAGCUGGAAAAUUCGAAGAGGCCAAUUAUAAAGCCAUGAAAGUUUUUGAUGUUAUUACUGAUUUCAUAAUGUAAGGAUUAAGACAAAA